UAGCGUUGCUGGCCGGCGCGUGGUGGGCCCGUGCCUGGCGGAGCGGCGCGUCUCAGACUUUAGCGACAUCAAAAAUGGCAUCCCAGAAGGAAAUACUGAGCGAUGGGCGGUUCAGCCGCGUGGCCCGGGACCCCAGGUUUUGGGAGAUGCCAGAAAAAGACCGUAAAGUCAAGAUUGACAAACGUUUUCGAGCAAUGUUUCAUGACAAGAGGUUCAAGCUGAAGUGCACGGUGGAUAAAAGAGGUCGACCUGUUAACUAUACCUCUGUAGAGAACCUCAGGAAGUUCUAUGCCUUGUCGGAAUCUGACUCUGAACUUUCAGAAGAUGAUAGCCAAGUACGUGCAGAAAAGAAAAAAAAGAAGAAAAAAGAUAAGCCUAAAGAAGAAGGAGAUUCUGUAAAACCAAUUCCUCGGGAAGAGAAUAAAAUGAAAAAACAAAGGGUGGACCAAGCAUGUAAAGUGGUGACAAAACUAGAUGACCCCAAGAAUGAAGGACAAAAAGUUGCAUCUAGAUUCAAAUUGAAAGAGGUCUCCAAGAAAACCAGAGCAGAAAUGGAUGACUCCCACGGAAAUGAGGACCUUUUAUGUGAUACGGAAAAUGAGGAAGGAGGUGAAUCAAAAGGAAGGUCGGUUUCAGUUCAAAACAAGCAGAAGACUUCAAAACCAAGAGGUGCUAAUACAGUUAAAGAUGCAAAAAGGGACUGUUCCGUACAAGGAAAAAGACAAGAAUCAGUGACUGCUUGCAGAGACAGUGGUGCUGAAAGUGACAUCGGUGAAAGCCAGUUAGAGGAAGAAAUUUCUGCAAGGGAAAGUUCUGAGUAUAUGCAAUCAGAAGAGGAGUUGGAAGACAAUGGAGAAACAGACGAGGAGUCAGAAGGCAGCGAGGAAACAGAUGAAGGCGGUGAUUCAGAAGAUGGUGGAGAAAGUGAUAUAGAGCCUGAUCUGGCUAGAGGUAUAGGGAACAUUGAAACAAGCUCGGAGGAUGAUGAUGACUUAGAUGAUCUAUUUCCCAAGGAGCCAGAGAUUGAGCAUUCAUGGGGUGAACUAGAUAAAGAUGCCCCUCGUGGAGAUGAGAUUACAAGCAGAUUGGCAGUUUGUAAUAUGGACUGGGAUAGACUUAAAGCUAAGGACUUGCUGGCUUUAUUUAAUUCUUUCAUACCCAAAGGAGGAACUAUAUUUUCUGUUAAGGUAAGACCUGUUUUCUAAAAGAAGGUAGUGGCU